AAAUUCCAUGUAACCUCGGACUGGAAUUCUUCCUGUUGACGACUUUCCCACAGAAACACAAAGUAAGUCAGAAAACUGAGCUGGCGUCCAACGGUCCACAACUGAACACUAAAACAGAUCAGUCGCAGCAGUCAGGAAAUUAAUUCAAUCAUAUUUAGUUUGGUGGUGUUUAGUGUGAAUCUGCAGCUUCAGUUUUUAGUCGUUUAGUGAGCUGCAGCUGUUUGAUUCAAACUCUGAAAGUUCUCACUUUAAAUCCUGAACAGAUGCCGAGAAUUAAUAGAACUGAUGCUCUUCUACAAUAAUGAUAACAAAACGUAUUAUCAUUAUUGUUCCAAGCCUCUCCAACUUCAUGUUAUUUGCAGUGAUUCAGGGCAGCAGCUCUGGGAUCAGAUCUCUUCUGAGGCGGAGUCAGCAGCUUUAAGCGGCUCCCAUCAGUCCCUCAGACCGUUCCAGACCUCAGACCGCUCCAGACCUCCUUCAGACCAACAUGAAGUCUUCCCGCUUCCUUGUGGCUCUGCUGCCGCUGCUCCUCCCUCUGCUCUGUGCCGGGUCGGACUGCGGACCGUGUGACCCGGCUCAGUGCGCUCCUCUCCCGGCGGAGGGCUGCGCCGCCGGUUCCAUGCUGGACUCCUGCGGCUGCUGCUCGGUGUGUGCCGCCGCGGAGGGAGAGCUGUGCGGCGGCCGCCGGGCAGCGGCGCGCCGCUGCGGCCCCGGACUGGAAUGCGUCCGAAGCAAAGAGGACAAGAAGAACAAGAUGGGAGUCUGUGUCUGCAAGAGCGGCUACGAGGUCUGCGGGACCGACGGGAACAGCUACAAGAACGGCUGCGCACUGAAAAGCGCCAGUCUGAAGGCCGAGAGAGACGGAAAAGAACCAAUCAACGUCCAGAACAAGGGCCGCUGCGCCACAGCUCCCAUCAUCGUCACUCCUCCAGGUGAGGUGUACAACGUGAGCGGCUCUCAAGUGUACCUGAGCUGUGAGGCGGUAGGAGUGCCCACACCUGUCCUCACCUGGAAGAAAGUCCUCGGAGGAAAGAGGAGGAUGGAGCUGCUUCCAGGAGACAGAGAUAAUCUGGCGAUCCAGACCAGAGGUGGACCAGAGAAACACGAGGUGACCGGCUGGGUGCUGAUCUCCCCUCUGACCAGAGAAGAAGAAGGAUCUUAUGAGUGUCAUGCCUCCAACUCUAAAGGUGAAGCUUCGGCUGUCGGAGCCAUUCACCUGGUGGAGUCCAUCGAUGACAUCAUCAUCAAGAAAGUGACGAAGGACGAUGAGCUUUGAUCAGCUGAUCAGAGGACAGACAUCGCAGACGGUGAACAGUUUGUCUGAAUUUAAGUCUAAAGUUUGAUGCUGAACGUUAGAUUUUAUUUAACGUCUGGAUUUUUACUGCUAGCUUUUGCUUCAACCUUUCUGUCAGGAUUUUAAACUUUUAAUAUUUCACCUGUUUGUAUUUUAUUAUUGUCUAUUUUUCUGAGCAGCAGGUAAAUCAAAAACUAUCAGCUUUCUACUAUCGUUAGGUUGUAGGUGAACAGCAGUAAGGCUGGUCGUCAUGGCGACAGCGGUGAGGGUGGUAGAUGCUCUUCAUGAUCUGAACGCUGACAAACAGUAUAUGUAUUCAUUGAUGUUUAUUCUGCAAAUUAAUCAGUUUCAUGUUUUAAAAAUGUCUCAGUUGUGACAUAAAAACAAAUGAAAACUAAAACAUUGAUCAGUUUCAUCCACAUUUUAAGGACAAACUGAUUUUUUUCUCUGAAUGAAAUAAAAACUGUUGUAACAGUGGAAA